AUGGCAUCGGUUGCCACGGGUGAGGAAGAGGGGGUCUUCGGCUGGAUUUCUGCGAACUACUUGAUGGGCAACCUUGGGCCAGCCCGCAACCCUUCAUCAAACACUACCGUUGGCUCCCUGGAUUUGGGUGGAGCUUCGGCUCAAAUCGUUUUCAUGCCCCAGAAGUCGAUUAUUCAGCACGCAUUCCCCUUGAAGCUGGGUCCACACCGGCUACAAGUUUACUCGUUCUCCUUCCUGCAUUUCGGAGUGCGGGAGGCUGCCCACAGCACUGCCAGCCGGGUGAUUUCUGAUGCCCUUCUGGCUGUCCAGUCUGAGACGGAAGUCUAUCACCCAUGUUUUGCCAAAGGCUACAUCUACACUCCAAAGUUCUCGUACAACACUGCCAGGUUUCAUGCCAUCAAGGUGCAGAUGCAGGGAACUAGCGACUUCUUGCAAUGCGAAAAAUUGAUGAAGAGGAUCUUCAACAAAGAUGCCCCAUGCUUGGUGGCGCAAUGCUCAUUCUAUGGAGUAUAUCAGCCACGGCUCUAUACAGAGCGUUUCCUUGCUUUCGCGCACUUCGCACUCAUUGCCAAAAAUCUCGGCCUCCCCGAGACGGCACAGCUCGAGGACUUCAGAGCUGCCACGCAGUACGUGUGCUCCCUGACCCUCGAGAUCCUCGACGCGCUGUUUUCCCGCGUGGAGGACAACUAUUCCCGCACUCACUUGUGCUUUCAUGCAACCUUCGCGUAUGUUCUACUCAAUUUUGGUUAUGGUAUGGAGGAGCAGAACAACCUCGUUUUCAAGACAUCGCACGCUGGCAAACCUAUCGAUUGGGCAGUGGGCGCGAUGAUCUACGAAAUCAAUCAGGACAUCCGACUUUCGACGGCACUUGCCAACGUGAGUGCAGCGAGUUAG